AAUAUGUUUUGCAUAAUUUCUUCCCUUACAUUUUGGUCGUACUAAACACUCAAUAAAAAUGCUCGUAUUCCCGCCUUAUUUAACUUUGGUAGUAACUAACGUUCGCCUCCAAAAAUGGCCACAAAAGCAACAACAAUAAAAGAAGCCAUCAAGAGAUGGGAAGAAAAAACUGGCCAACAUGCUGCAACGGCCACAGAAGUCAGUCUUAUAUUUCAAUGGCCACCUAUAGAAAAGAUGGACAAUUCUUUAUCCUGUCUAGCAAAUUGCGAGAAAUUGAGUUUGUCAACUAAUAUGAUUGAAAAGGUCACCGGUCUGAACAGUUUAAAGAAGCUUCGUAUUUUAUCUUUAGGAAGAAAUUACAUUAAAUCUUUCGCUGGCAUGGAACCACUAGGUGAUACACUGGAGGAGUUAUGGAUAUCGUACAAUUUGAUAGAAAAACUGAAAGGUAUCAAUGUUUUAAGGAAUUUGAAAGUAUUAUAUAUGAGUAACAAUCUAGUAAAAGAAUGGAGUGAAUUUAAUAAGUUGCAGGAGUUACCAAAUUUGGAAGACUUAUUGUUUGUUGGCAACCCUUUGUACGAUGCUUGUGAACUUGACGUUUGGCGCGCAGAGGCGGCGCGAAGAUUGCCGCAGCUUAAAAAACUCGACGGUGAAACUGUUCUAAGAGAUGACGAUCCUCCUUUGACUGUGGCUGAUAUGCAGCCCGACGGAGGCGAUGGGGUUGAAACCUUGGUUAGCGCCGAGAAGAAUGACUAACGUUGAAUUUCCAAAUUAGAAAAAUUUAGAGAAACAAUGUUUUAUCACUAUUUAUAGCACACAUAAAAAACAUACAGACGAAUUGAUAACCUUCUUUUUGAAGUCGGCUAAAAAUAGAAU